AUGGAAUUAAGUCGUGAACAUUUCCGUGCGAUUAUUUUUUACAACUUUCGACGUGGAUUAUCUCAACAACAGUGCAUCGAUGAACUUAAUUCGACUUUUGGCGAUGAAGCACCAUCAAAAACCACUAUAUAUCGAUGGUAUACGGAAUUCAAUCGUGGCCGUAGUUCGCUUAGUGAUGAAUUUCGUGAAGGUCGUCCAAAAUCGGUUGUUGUUCCAGAAAACAUUGAUGCUGUGCGUGAAGUGAUAUUGCAAGAUCGUCAUGUGACUUAUCGUGAGAUUGAGGCAUCCUUGGGCAUUAGUGGGACCAGCAUACAUUCAAUAUUGCAUGAACAUUUGGCUGUCAAAAAAAGUGACGAAUCAUGGAUCUAUGCGUAUGAGCCCGAAAGUAAACAGCAGUCGACUGUAUGGGUUUUUCAAGAUGAGCCAAAUCUAACAAAAAUUGUUCGCGCACGAAGCACUUCGAAGCAAAUGGUCGCCUGUUUUUUCGGAAAAGCCGGACAUGUGGCAACUGUACCAUUAGUGCAAUGUCAGACGGCCAAUUCUGAAUGGUACACAACCAUUUGUUUGUCAGAAGUCUUCGGAAAAAUAAGGGAAACCAACCGCCGAAGAUGCAUCAUUCUCCACCAGGACAAUGCGAGCUCUCACAUAUCGGCUCAAACAAGAGACUUUUUGAGAACUGAAAAAGUCGAAUUGAUAGGUCAUCCGCCGUACAGCCCUGAUUUGGCACCCAAUGACUUCUUUCUAUUCCCGCAAAUCAAAAAUAAAUUACGAGGUCAACGUUUUUCGACGCCUGAAGAAGCGGUUGAUGCGUUCAAAAUGCAUGUUUUGGAGGUACCUCAAUCGGAGUGGAAAAAGUGCUUCGAAAAUUGGUUCAAGCGCAUGCAAAAGUGUAUUGAUCUUCAUGGAGAAUAUUUUGAAAAACAAUAA